AUGGGCGCAGCCCUGCUGCCUGGGCUGCUCCUUUCCCUGCCUCUGGUAACAGGGUGAACCACUUCCGAAUGCCUACUGACUGAAGGCUCUCGACUGCCCCUGGCCUCCCGCUACUUCUCAUUCUGCUCAGACUCUGAGCUGUCUCUCCUAGCUGCAUGCAAUCUUGUGACCAACUUAACGAAGACCUUGGAAGCUGUGCCUCGGACUGUGGAGGGGCUCUGGCUCAGUGGUUCUGUGUCUAUACUGCUUCCUGAUGCUUUCUCUGCUUUCCGACUCAAGGUCCUGGCACUGAAUCUGCAUCUUACCUGACUCCUGCCAGUAGCUCUCCGGGGCCUGGGAAAGUUGCAGAGACUCUCCUUUUGGGAGCAGCCAUUUAAGAAGAGAUCUCUCGUUCUACCUCCCAAUGCCUUUGGUGACCUGAUUUCCCUCCAGAGACUCUGUAUCUUAGGCUACUGCCUGGACAGGAAGGCAGGUAUCCAACUGCCUCCCAGUCUGCAGUCUGUCAAGUUCAAUUGCCUCCAGGAUGUGGGCGAGCUGGCUGGCAAGUUCCCGGAUCUGGUGCAAAGCCCCUGCUCCAGGGCUCCGUGGACUCUGCCCAUGUUGGAUCUGUCAUUCAACCGGGGACUGAAGAUGGCUAGUCCUGGGUCUCUCCAGGGUCUCCAGGUAGAGACUGUGAACCUGAAACGAACACAACUGGAGGCAGUGGCAGUGAGGGCCCUGGGACUUCAGAAACUCAAUGUCCUGUCUGCGUGGACUGCCACGGCUAUGGCCCACCUUGAGCUGCAGGGCCUGAGUGUGGGAAACACCAAGAUAGGGUCCAUAUCCCAGGAGGCCCUGGCUUCCUGCCACAGCCUGAAGACCUUGGGUCUUCAAGCCACUGGCCUGACUAAGCUGCCACCAGGCUUCCUGGCUGCUAUGCGGAGGCUCCAGAGGCUGAACCUGGCCAGAAACCGACUGCACAGCACCACGCUGUGCAUGAAGGAGACAGGAGACGUGUCCGGACUGGUGGCUCUGAAUCGCGGCAAUGGGCUGCGCAUCCUGCCUCCGGCCACCUUCUCCUGUUUUCGAAGGGUGCUGCUUCAGGACAACCAGCUGCUUUCCCUGGAUGGGCAGCUAUUCCAGGAUCUGCAGCAACUAGAGACCCUGAGCUUGGAUACGAAUCCCCUGCUUACUCUGGCUGGGAACUGGUUGGCUGCUCUGCCUGCACUAACCACCCUCAGUCUGCUAGACACCCAGAUAUCUGUGAGCCCAGGCCCUGGCUUCUGGGGAGCAAAGAGUCUGCACGCCUUGAGUCUGAAGCUUCCCGCUCUCUCUGCCCCGAAGAGCUUGGAUGCCUUCUGCUCCCAGGAGACCUCCGACGUUUUUCUCUGGCAGCUCCCCAAACUUCAGUCCUUGAAUAUAUGGGGUGCUGGAAGCAACUUCAGACCCUGCCUUAUCCUCGGGCUGCCCAGCCUACGGGAGCUGAAGCUGGAGUCACUUCAGUCCCAAACCCAGCCCCGUUCAGUAGAGCUGGAGGAGCUGGUGGGCGAGCUUCCACAGCUCCAGGCAUUACAGCUGUCCCUCACAGGGCUCAGGUCACUGUCCGCUGCGGCUUUCCAGCUCCUGCGCGGUCUCCAGGUCUUAGCGCUGUACAUGGAGGGAGGCUUGGCGCUGUGUGACAGCCUGAGGGAGUACGGCCCUCAGAUGCCCCAGCAUAUAUACAUUCUGCAGUCAAACCUGGCCUGCCAGUGUGCCAACGCAUGGCUAGCGUGGGUUAAGCAGUCUACUAAGACGUACAUGUACAUAGAAGGGCAUCACUUCUGUCCUGCGGAAGCAGCGGGCCCUGCUAAGAAUUCCCUUUUCUCCUUCCUCUGGGAACGCUGCCCCCAGACCUUGGAGCCGAGCCUCUUUUUGGCUAGGUCUGCCUUGGUGUUUCUGCUGAUUGCCUUGCCACUCCUCCAAGAAGCCAGGAACUCUUGGAUCCCCUACCUGCAGGCCUUGUUCAGGGUUUGGCUCCGGGGUCUGAGGGGUCAGGGAAAUGAGGUAAAGAGGUUCCUUUCUGAUGUUUUCGUGUCUCACUGCAGAAAAGACCAGGACUGGGUGAUGGAGGAAUUUCUGCCUGUGCUGGAGGGCUUCCUUCCGGCUGGCCUGGGCCUACGCCUCUGUCUCCCUGAGCGAGACUUUGAGCCCGGUAAGGAUGUGGUUGAUAACGUGGUAGACAGCACGGGGAGCAGCCGGAUCACACUCUGUGUGCUGAGCGGCCAGCCCCUGUGUUGCCCCCGCUGCCGCCUGGAGCUCCGUUUGGCCACCUCUCUCCUCCUGGCUGCCCCUUUUCCACCAAAGUUGCAGCUAGCGUUCCUGGAACCCAUUUCCCAACACCAGCUCCCCCGUUUCCACAGAACGGCUCGGUUGCUUCGGUGGGGAGACUACUGCCUGUGGCCGGCGGAAGAUGAAAGAAAGAAUGGUUUCCGGGCUUGGCUGAGGGACAGGCUACGGCGACUGGGGUUGGGAUAGGAUGGCACAUGUGAAUUUUAGGGUUGGGGUAGGGGAAGCAAGGCAACCUGGCAGGGAGUCACUGUGAGUAAGGGGACACCGUGGGAUAGAGUUGCGGAAGUCAGCCUUUUGCAGGUGCGUAAAUGCAAAUGCUAGGAACAGAGGUUUGGGGAGGCCUGGAGGUUGAAUGAGGAAAGCUGAGAGAUGGAAGGUGCCCAUGGGGUAUGUGACAUUCUCAAGGUCU